AUGAACAAAUCUCGUCUGCACUGUGGAGGAUUUGAGUUUGAUUCCGAACUGAUAUGGACCGACUGGAAACCGGGUAUUCAAUAUGUUAAAUCUAUCCAUGUUAAAAAUGUCAGCCCAAGAGCCAUGGAAAUCAAGUACAGUCUUCCAGAAACUAGUCAGUUUCAGACAAAAUUUCCGAAACCGCGUAAAAUUGCUGCUGGUGCUCAGUUUGACUUACCGGUUACAUUUACCCCGAUCACGGAACAGCUCUACGAGGAUCACGUGACUUUUACUAUCAAGAACGCGGAAACAUUUGUAGUUCGCCUACGAGCCGUUUUACCUGAAUAUAACCUAACUGUUCCAAAAAAGUUAAAUUUUGGUUCUGUCGCAGUGAAUGACGCUAAAUCGCAAAUAUUUGCUAUUCGAAAUAUGAGUACCCUCGAAACACCGUUUGUUGUUCGCAUCCAGUCACCAUUUUAUGUGAAUCAAACUGAGGGUUAUUUAACAUCUAUGGAGAAACGAAUGAUCGAAAUGACGUUUCAACCGAAAACCCCGGGAAUUUUCAGCAUGGAAGUACGUUUUGAUUAUGGCUCAAUCAAUGAAAAGUCGACAACAAUGUCUUUGUGUGGUAAAGCUGAAUAUCCCAAACUGGCGCUGAUUGCUGACGGCAUGGUUGGUGAUGAAGAUUGUAUCACCGAACGCGGAGAAGAAAAAUUAAUCAAUCUGCGAUUUCCAACUACUGCAUCUGGUUCGACGUCAAAAAUUACUGUCAUUAUUGAGAAUUCAUCUAAGGUCGACGCAACUGCUCGCAUCGCCCCCGUGGGCAGUGAAGUCGGUUUCACGGGGGAACAAAACUUUCGAGUCACAUCCAGUCAAACGAUUGUUCGACCAGGUCAAAGAAUUGAAAUGCCGGUCUAUUAUCAACCCAAGGAAACCGGGACAGAACACGUUGGUUAUUUCAAAGUGAUCACGUCAGAGGUAUUUGGUGAAUUUUUGGUCAAAUGCACGGGAAAAUCAAACAAUGUGAAUGUGCAAACAUCUGUGGAUCACCUGCUGUUCGAUAUCGUCCAUGUAGGUCAAUACGAUCAACGCGUAUUUCACAUUCGAAACACAUGUGAUUUGUCAACCACUUACCAGCUGUUGGUGAAUACCAUUGACAACGAUGGGGUUGGUGAUACAGGACAGGAUAAACAGCGAGUCGAAUCGUACGGAGCGACUGCGUUUCCCCUGUUGGAAGGAGCAGCCAGUGGAACGAUACAGGGUCGAGAAGAGAUUCGCAUAGUGGUUGGAUUUUUGCCUCCUCGGGCCGGUCAUUAUUAUCGUCGACUUGUGCUUUUGGUCACAAAUCAGCGUACUGAUCACAGUCCUUCAUCACCAGAAUUGGCCAAUCUUUGUGCCUUCGAAGAGUAUGCUCGUGUGAAGCACAUCAUGGACAGAGUGAAUCGUUUGGAUCAACUCUUUCAUUACGAAUUUGAAGGAUGUGCGAAUUACAAAAUACAACGGGAUUGUAGUCUAUGCAACCCGGAUAGUCUACGUAUCCCACAUUGUAUCAGUAUCCAUUGUUUUGGUCACACAUUCGCUCCAUCAAAACAACCGUUCAUGCCCGAAUUCGGUUUGGAUCGCGGCAGUAUACACUACCCAUCCAUGGAUCGAGGAGAGACCCGGUUCGAAACGUUCUGCGUGAGAAACAAUAGUGCUUAUCCGUUGUUGGUACAGCAGAACAAAGACGUGAAUUGUACCGCAAAAAAGAACCGUUGUCAGCCAAUGCAUCUUGUUGUAGCUCCACCAUCCAACUUAUUCCACCAAUUGUACAAGUGCCACCGAAAUCGGACUCCAUUCUCGUUCUCCAAUGCGACACAUGGUCCGACGAUACUGCCUGUCACUGUCGACGUGAUCCAGGCAGCGAUUGAGCUGGAACAUGAUGGUGAAUUGUAUUUUCCACCGGCUCAGAUCGGAGCCCCAGUGAAGCGUCUAUUUUCUGUUCGCAAUUUGACAGCGUUCAGUACAAGAUGUGUACUUUCGAUUGAGUAG